AUCAACAUUACGCCGCCUCAGCCUCCCCGUGCAGUCAGACAGACGGGAGUCCCGGGCACGCUGGUCGCCUGUAGUCUGUGACAACCCCGUCCUCGCCUGCGGUGUCACCGUCACUCCCACCUGGACUCUAAGCACCCGGGAGCUGUCGCCUGUAGCUGGACUGUCACACAUGAGACUGCUGCAGUGACCGGCACUUGUCUCACUGCUGGCGGCUGACAGCAAAUUCAGCAAAAUGUUUGACAAAACGAGGAUCCCCUUCGUAGUCCUGGACGUAGUGUGUGUGGUGCUUGCUGGCUUACCAUUGGGCGUUUUAAAGUUGAUCACAAAAAAGCCGUAUCAGAGAGGUUUUUUCUGUAAUGACGAGAGCAUCAAGUAUCCAUUCCAUGACAGUACCGUCACCUCCACUGUACUCUACACAGUAGGGUUCUCCCUGCCUAUAUGCUCUAUCAUUUUAGGGGAAGCCCUGUCUGUGUUUUAUAACUGCUUGCAGUCUAAUGGCUUCAUCCGCAAUCACUAUGUAGCCACUAUCUACAAAGCCAUUGGCACGUUCAUCUUUGGAGCUGCAGUAAGCCAGUCGCUGACAGAUAUCGCCAAGUACACUAUCGGGCGCCUGAGGCCUCACUUUCUGGAUGUCUGUAAACCAGACUGGACCAAGAUCAACUGCACUGCCGGAUACAUUGAGAACUUUGUUUGUCAAGGAGAUGCUGUGAAGUCCAGUGAGGCGAGGUUGUCCUUCUAUUCGGGCCAUUCCUCUUUCUCCAUGUACUGCAUGCUCUUUCUGGCACUGUAUCUUCAGUCCCGGAUGAGAGGCUAUUGGGCCAGACUGUUGCGGCCGACCGUUCAGUUCGCUCUCAUCGCUGUGUCCAUCUAUGUUGGUCUGUCCAGGGUCUCGGACUAUAAGCAUCACUGGAGCGAUGUGCUAAUUGGACUCAUCCAAGGAGCCAUUGUUGCUGUACUUAUUGUUCUAUACGUCUCAGAUUUCUUCAAAAACAAGAAAAGUGGGCUCAAUCAGAAAGAAGAAGAUUCGCACACUACUCUGCAUGAGACGUCAACUAACGGGAACCACUACGGCAGUCACCAGCCUUGAAAGCCACUCUGUCUCAAACAAAAACAUAUCCAGCUUUCUUAUACACAGUAUUAAGAGUGUAAUCUCUUAAUCCCUUUUAAUUAACCUUUAACCCCGUUAGUGCUGGAGGGGCUAAUCCUGCAUGGCACUCUAGCACUUAAGCCUUUUAAAUUGCACCACUCAAUGCAGCCAUUUUGUGACCCAAAUCGAUCUGAAAAUGCAGCAUUGGUGAAGAUGCUGCAUUCUCACAAUCAUUAAUAGGGAUGACAGAAAGGCUGCCUAACCUGUAUGUAAGCGAAAUGUGCAAUGGACAGCUGCUGCUAUACCUGUUGGAUGCCCACUUUGUAUAUAGUUAUAAAGAACACAUUUUUAUGUAUAAUGUUAUAGCUUUAAAAA